AUGAUGAACGUAUCGCCCAAGGUGUACUCGGUGGCUCGAGUAUACGCCGAUGUGAACAAGCAUAAGUCUAGAGACUACUGGGACUAUGAAUCCCACACGAUCGAGUGGGGAAACAUCAAGAACUACGAGAUUGUGUCCAAGAUCGGAAGGGGCAAGUACUCGGAGGUGUUCGAGGGUGUCAACGUGAUCAACGACGAGCCCUGUGUGAUCAAGGUGUUGAAGCCUGUGAAAAUGAAGAAAAUCUAUCGAGAGGUGAAGAUCUUGAAGAACUUGACCGGAGGCCCUAAUGUGGUGGGGCUCUUGGACAUUGUCAGAGACCAGAACUCCAAGAUCCCUGCCUUGGUUUUCGAGUCCGUCAACAACGUCGAUUUCCGCAUCUUGUACAACAAGUUCAGCAUCGCCGACAUCCAGUACUACUUUCUGCAGCUCCUCAUUGCCUUGGACUACUCGCAUUCCAUGGGCAUCAUCCACCGAGACGUCAAGCCGCAAAACAUCAUGAUCGACCCGCAAACAAAGACCUUGAGGCUUAUUGACUGGGGUCUUGCGGAGUUCUACCACGCCGGCGUCGACUACAACGUCAGAGUCGCCUCCAGGUACCACAAGGGCCCAGAGUUGCUCAUCAACCUCCAGCAGUACGACUACUCCUUGGAUCUCUGGUCCGUGGGGUGCAUGCUUGCGGCCAUCAUAUUCAAGAAGGAGCCAUUUUUCCGUGGAGACUCCAACAACGACCAGUUGGUGCAGAUUGCCAAGGUGUUGGGCACGAAACCGCUCAUGGCGUAUGUGAACAAGUACGGCAUCAAGUUGAGCCCCGAGUACGACGGCAUUUUGGGCAACUACCCACGCAAGCCGUGGUCCGCCUUUGUCAACAGGGAUAACCAGCACUUGGUGCUGAACGAGGUGGUGGACUUGAUCGACAAGUUGUUGACCUACGACCACCAGUUGCGCCCUACUGCCAAGGAGACGCUUGCCCAUCCAUUUUUUUCGAUUCAGGCCUAG